CCUUCACAGCUCACAGCAAACUUAAAACAUUCAGCAAUGGCACUCCGAGGCUCCCCUCUUGUGUUCAUCCUCGUUCUCUUCGUUGCAGUCGGCUUCCUCGAACACUGCACCGAGGCUCGACAUCACCCUCACCGGCCAUCGAAGCCUCACCAUCCUACAGACACCCUGCCUUCGAGCACAAUGCCAACUAUCCCCACAGCUCUGCCUCCGGGUGCAAUCCCCAUCGUCCCUGCAGUUCCCACUACUCCAACGAUAGGUGGUGGUGGUGGCUCCUCAUUCCCUCUUAUUCCCGGGAUACCAUCGAUACCAUCAAUUCCAGGGAUGCCAUCGAACCCAUCAGUUCCAACGAUUCCGACGAUCCCCACAAUCCCAACGAUUCCAUCCAUUCCGACCAUCCCAACGGUCCCCUCCAUUCGGCCACCUCCCUGAAAGGCUCGAUUUUUCGCAAUGUUUAUGGUAUAGCUAGCUUGAAAAUGUAGCUGGCUUGUUCACUAUGUUAUACGUGUGCCUAUCUAGCUUUACUUGUACUGUCUUUACCUCUUGAAGUUUGCUCGAUCGUAUGAUUAGGGAACCUGUUUACCUAUUCCCACAUGAGUUUUAUGCGCAGUGAAAUAAUAUGACAGAUCCUUUUUUUCUGCUUAUCAUUUUGCUGCCUAUCGUUUAUUUAAUAAUGUUUCAUUCAUGGUCCUUACUAAUGAGGUAGACUCGUCACUCAUGCUUCUUAAACACUUCGUUGAUGACUAAUAUGUGCUUAAUAAGCAAGAUAAUGGUUUGGGCCGAAACUUCCAAGGCCCAUACAAUUAAAAUCACAUGACUUUGGGCCGAAAGUUUGCAGGCCCAAACAAUUCGACUCAGUCCCAAGCCAGUGCUCAGAGUCAGUAGCCACCCACCACCAUUCAAACAAGAUAAUAAAAGCAGAGAUCCCUCUCGAUCUCAUUCUUCAUUUUCAGUUCAGCUACAAAAUAGAUUCCCAAAAUCCCCAAAUGGGAAGUGCUCUCUCUCUCUCCCUCUGUCUCUCUCUUCCAACCCUAACCAAAAAUCCAAAAUCCUCCCCUGUUCCGAGGAAAGCAAUUUUGGAGCCAUCUGGUCCUUUCUCUGUUCACAAUCGGAUCUGCCACUGUUUGAAAUUCACGACGUCUGCAUCUCCGUAUUCCUGUUUGUUCAAUUCUUGUGUUUCUCUUUUGUUUCGUUACGUUUUGUGGUAAAGUUGCGUUUCAUUUCAUGGAUGAAACUGGGAUUUGGGAGGGAAGGGGGGGAAAAGAGAGAUGUGAUGAUUGUGUGACAAUCCAAUUCCGAGGCAUCGAAAUGGAUACUUCCUCCAUUGAGACUGAUGACCACUAUUAUACGCACCUGAUCUCUCUCCCCCCCCCUUAAUCCCAAUUCGUUUGAUUGAAUUCGAAGUUUUGAUUGAAAGAACAUGGUUGUGGAUCGUUUGUGCAGUCGAUGAAAUGUGGGAUUGUGAUUUUGUUUUGAUUGUCGUCUCUUUAUGUUCGGCUUGAAUCUAAAAAUUUUGCUCUGUGAAAUUUGUAUGUCAAAUUCUUUUAAUGGUGGCUCGAUCCAUGUCGACUAUCAUCCUGAUCUUGAAAGGGCUUCUUACUUUGUGUAUUUUGAUGAGUCGAGUAUUGUUGGUUGAAAGCACUAAAAAAGACUCUCUUCUGUAUAAGAGUUGUUUGUUUCAAAGCCUACACGUAAGUGCAAAAGUCCACUCAACAUUUUACACCUUGUUGGGUAUCUAUGUAAUAGACAGGCACACUCUCUUUAAAAUGUUCAUUUUUCACGUACCUUGGUCUAAUUUGAUCAUCGGAGUCUAUCAUCGUAUUGCAAUCCCAAAUUAUGAGAGAAAAAGAUCAAACUAAUGGGCAAGCUGAGUAAUGAACCUACACAUUUGAGUAUGGUUCUCGACUUAAUAAUCACUCAGCCAGCCCCAAGGAUAUGGUCUAGUGGUAAUGUAGGUCGUGAAUAUCCAUCACACUCUAUGUUCGAAUCUUGAAGUCAACAAACGAAAAAAAAUAUUAUCUCACAGGCCGAAACAUAUAAUCAAUUGAGAUUUUGACAAGCAAACAACUUUGAAAUCGUGUUUUUAACGAAUAAACAUUUUUUUAUAAG